GAUGGCAGCGCCGCCGCCUCAGGGCGGUGCCUCAGCGCCCCCGGAGCCGCCCUCGCGGCCCUCGCGGCCCUCGCGGCUGCCGGUGCCGCAGGAGAAGCGGGCUCCGUCCGACGGGCCGCCCGCGGCCCCUCCCCAGCAGAAACGAUUGCGGACCGGGCUCGGGCACGGAGAUGCCAAGGCCGCGCCCAAGGCCCCGCUCAGGGCCCCGCUGCGAACGCUGGGCCCCGACGCGGCCGCGAGUAAGAACGAUGGCCCUCGCGAGGCGGCGUCGGUGGCGGCUGCUCCUCGGGCUGGUGAGACCUGAGACCCC